UUCUAUUCGAACAAUUCGGUCUUGAAAAUGGCAAGAACCAUCACUUUCUGCUGGGGUUCUGCACUUCUGUUCAUAUACUUUGUCGGGUUCUUUUUAACUCCGGGCGAAGCUGCUAUAAAGACGUACCAAUUCGAUGUUAAAGUGAUCAACGUGAGCAGGUUGUGCCAUUCGAAGCCAAUUGUUACAGUAAAUGGGAUGUUCCCAGGACCUACAGUUUAUGCUAGAGAAGGAGAUACACUUGUCGUUAAUGUCACCAACCAUGCAAAAUAUAACAUGUCAAUUCAUUGGCAUGGACUGAAGCAAUAUCGCAAUGGGUGGGCGGAUGGGCCUGCCUACAUUACACAAUGUCCUAUCAUGACAGGGCACAGCUACACCUAUAAUAUUACUAUAACAGCCCAAAGAGGAACACUUUGGUGGCAUGCUCACAUCUUUUGGCUACGAGCUACUGUUUAUGGAGCCAUUGUCAUCAUGCCGAAACAAGGAGCCGGAUUUCCAUUUCCUCAGCCCUACAGGGAAGCUAACAUUGUUUUAGGAGAAUGGUGGAAUAACGACGUCGAAGAGGUUGUUAAACAAGGAAACAAACUGGGAUUGCCACCAAAUAUGUCGGAUGCACACACCAUCAAUGGGAAACCUGGGCCGCUGUUUCCAUGUUCUGAAAAACAUACCUAUGCAUUGGAGGUUGAACAAGGAAAGACAUACCUUCUUCGAAUCAUCAAUGCUGCACUCAAUGAUGAGCUAUUCUUCGCCAUUGCUGGCCACAAUUUGACAGUGGUAGAAAUUGACGCAGUCUACACCAAACCAUUUACAACUCAAGCAAUACUAAUAGCACCAGGCCAGACUACGAAUGUUCUGGUUCAAGCAACCCAAGCACCGGGCAGAUAUUUCAUGGCUGCCAGGCCAUUUAUGGAUGCACCCGUUUCAGUUGACAACAAAACUGCCACUGCAAUACUACAAUAUAAAGGCAUCCCGAAUUCUGUACAGCCAGUCCUUCCUCAACUUCCGGCACUCAAUAACACCGCCUUCGCAUUAAACUACGAUGACAAGCUAAAAAGUCUAAACACAGCACAGUUCCCAGCCAAUGUACCUCUCAAAGUUGAUCGACAUCUCUUUUAUACGAUUGGUUUAGGAAUCAACCCUUGCCCUACUUGUCUGAAUGGAACACAGCUCACUGCUUCCUUAAACAAUAUCACUUUUGUGAUGCCGAAAAUUGGGCUGCUUCAAGCUCAUUUUUUCAACACCAAGGGAGUAUUUACCACAGAUUUUCCCGACCGCCCGCCAACGUCUUUCAAUUUCACAGGUGCUCCACUCACAGCCAACCUUGGAACGAAACAAGGCACCCGGCUUAGCAAGAUUGCCUUCAAUUCAACAGUAGAGUUGGUGCUACAAGACACCAAUCUUCUCACAGUGGAGUCCCAUCCCUUCCACCUUCAUGGUUACAAUUUCUUUAUUGUUGGCUCUGGAAUUGGGAACUUUGACCCGAAAAAGGACCCGGCUACCUUUAACUUGGUCGACCCCCCUGAGAGAAACACAGUGGGAGUUCCCACCGGCGGUUGGACUGCCAUAAGGUUCCGGGCUGAUAAUCCAGGGGUGUGGUUCAUGCACUGUCAUUUGGAGCUGCAUACAAGCUGGGGUCUGAAGACUGCAUUUGUGGUGGAAAAUGGGAAAGACACUGAUCACUCUGUCAUGCCUCCACCCAAAGACCUUCCACCUUGUUAGUUCCAAAUACGUAUCGGAGAACUCACAGUGGAGUUUCUAGGAGACAACAAACUAUUUUUAUUUUGAGCCUUUUGGUUGACAGAUUCUUGUAAACAUUACUGCAAAGUGCAGGAGUUCUACAAGCAAAACUCUUGUUCUAAGACGAAUAAAAAAAUGUAAUGUGUAUCGAAUUCUUUUAAAUGUGAAUUUAGACCC